AUGGAACUCUUCUCAACACAAGACAAGUUAAUCCCUAACUACAACUGUGACACAGAGAACAAUCUAGUGUCAGUCAUUGGAGGACCUAAUUCUGAAGUCUGUAUCCACAUGGCAGCCAUCCUGUCCAUUUACAAGAUUCCACAAUUCACUUAUGGUUCUGCUUCUGAGACGAAUAGGAAAACUCAAGCUGUUUUCCAGCACCAGCUUUUUCCAGAUGUACAAAGACAAUAUAAUGGGAUUCUCCAGUUACUGUUGCAUUUCCAGUGGACAUGGAUUGGAGUAGUAUAUGACAAUGAUAACAAUGGAGAGAGAUUUAUCCAGGAUGCUCUUCCUAUAUUUUCUCAGAGAGGAAUCUGUUUUGAUUAUAUUGAAAAAUUCCCAGUAAUUACAUCAGUUAGUGACAUUGAUAAGAUGGUGACAGAAGGGUUAAACAUGUAUGGUGUUGUAAUUGGAAGUAUUGUUAACAUAUCCAUUAUUUAUGGUGAAAUUGAGACCAUGAUAUUUGUCAGACUGUUUCCCAUUAUAUUGAAAUAUGAGGAUGUAACAAUACAUGCAACAGGAAGGGUUUGCAUUAUGACAGCUCAGAUGGAUUUCACAUCAUUCUCCUUUCAAAAGAAUGAAGACAUAGACUUUCUUCAUGGUGCCCUGUCCUUAGCAGUUCAUUCAAAGGAGGUCCUGAGAUUCACUGACUUUCUUCAGUUGACAAAUGCUACCUUUAAAGGAGAAGAUGGUUUCAUUCAGCCUUUUUGGGAAGAGGCCUUUGGAUGUUUCUUUCCUGAGUCCAUGAUAAACAGGCAAGGAAGGGUCUCCUGCACUGGUGAGGAGAAACUGGAGAAUCUCCCAGCAUCUAUUUUUGAAAUGAGCAUGACCUCCCAUAGCUACAGCAUCUACAAUGCAGUCUAUGCUGUGACAUAUGCUUUGCACAACAUGCUUUCAUUUCAAUCCAAAAAGAGUGUCCAUGAAGCAACCCAAAACCUACUGGCUCAACACCUGUGGAAGCCACUUUACCAUACUGAUACAGCUCUUGUAACAAAGAUUCCAAUGAUUCAAUUGGUUGAGUCAAUAGUCAAAGUUGGAGACAUACAACCCUUGUCUCAGACAGAAAAAACAUUUACUAUUUCAGAGGAAUCCAUAAUUUGGCCAAAGUGGUUUAAUCAGACAAAGCCUUUUUCUCUCUGCAAUGACAAUUGUCAUCCAGGUUACAGGAAGGCCAAAAAGGAAGGGAAGCCAUUUUGCUGCUAUGAUUGCCUUCUUUGUCCAGGAGGGAAGAUUUCUAAUCAGAAAGACAUGGACAACUGCUUUCAGUGUCCACAAGAUCAUUAUCCCAAUGAGGAGCAAAAUUUUUGCAUUCUAAAAUAUGUAACUUUUUUGUCCUAUGAAGAACCUCUGGGGAUCACCUUCACCAGUUUUAUUAUUAUUUUCUCUUUCAUUACUAUUUUGGUGCUCUGGCUCUUCAUUAAACACAAUGACACCCCUAUUGUGAAAGCCAACAAUGAGACCCUCACCUACAUUCUUCUCAUCUCUCUCCUGCUUUCAUUUCUUUGUACCUUGCUUUUUAUUGGUUGGACUCAUCAAUGGACAUGUCUUCUUCGGCAAGUUACUUUUGGUAUCAUCUUCUCUGUAGCAGUUUCUAGUAUUUUGGCAAAGACUAUCAUUGUAAUUCUUGCUUUCGUGGCUACCAAUCCAGAGUCUGGAAUUAGAAAAUGGAUGGGGAAAAGACUGGCUGUUUAUAUAGUUCUUUCUUGUGCUUGUAUUCAAACCAUUAUUUGCAUUGUAUGGCUAUCAACCUCUCCCCCAUUCCUAGAUGUUGACAUGUAUUCCAUGCCAAAGGAAAUUGUAUUGAUGUGUAACGAAGGGUCAACCGUCAUGUUCUACUGUGUCCUUGGUUUUAUGGGUUUCUUGGCAAUAAUCAGCUUCAUAGUGGCUUUCCUUGUCAGGAAAUUACCUGACACAUUUAAUGAAGCCAAAUUUAUUACCUUUAGCAUGUUGAUAUUUUGCAGCAUCUGGCUAUCUUUUGUUCCAACAUACUUGAGCACAAAGGGGAAAUAUAUGGUAGCUGUUGAGAUCUUUUCUAUUUUGUGCUCCAGUGUGGGGUUGCUGGCUUUUAUUGUUUUCCCAAAAUGUUACAUUAUUGUGGUGAGGCCUGAUUUAAAUAACAAGGAAGAGCUAAGAAGGGGAAGAAUUUAA